AUGUUACUACAGGCUUCUACGGAUGAUUGUCUACUCACUCAACCGUUCGCGGUAAGCCAAUCUGAUUUAGUUCGCGAGACCGAGAAGUACUAUCAUUCUAUCAGUUUCUGUGUCGGUCAAGGUUGGCGAAGUGAUAUCAAGCGUCGAUUUCGGGAAUUCUAUAAACUUCGUGAACAAAAUUUCUGUAGUGUCUUAUGUUACAAUGAUCGCAUUACGUACGCUAUCCUGAAUGACCUAGAUUUCGGUCAUCUUGUCAGUGAAAAGCUGAAGUCACUUGCCCGUCUCACUUGUUGCUGGCCUGGAUUGAAUCGUGUUGCAAAAUCCUGUGCUGAUUGUGUGCCCAGAACUCACAGACAACCCUCGAAAUGGACUCCGCGACCAGUAUCUUCCGAGUUCUGGAAACGAAUGUGUGGAUUACUGUGGUCCACUAUUCGACAAGUAUUACGCAUUGGUGAUCAUCGAUUCCUAUGA